CCCCCUGUGAGUCAGAAUGACGCAGGAGGCGAGGGGGGACAAGCAGUCUGAUUCAGUUGUGCUCCAUCGAUAUAAGACAGAUAUACCAGUAUACUCCUGGUACACGGAGGAUAACGAAGAAGAGAAAAUUAGCUCCUGGGUCGUGUAAAGAUGACGAAAGAGGACGCAGUAGAAGUGGAGGAAGCCCAGCCAGCCUCAGGGUUUCAGAGCCCGGUUCUGGAGACGAGGAAGAGGCCCAUGGUGCACCACUCUGCCCCAGCACCCCUCCCCAAGGACUAUGCCUUCACCUUUUUUGACCCCAACGACCCUGCCUGCCAGGAAAUCCUGCUUGAUCCACGGACCACCGUCCCCGAGCUCUUCGCUAUCAUCAGACAGUGGGUGCCGCAGGUGCAGCACAAAAUCGACGUCAUUGGAAACGAGAUUUUAAAGCGAGGUUGCCACGUGAACGAUCGAGACGGACUCACAGACAUGACUCUGCUGCACUACGCCUGCAAAGCAGGGGCUCAUGGGGUUGGUGACCCGGCCGCGGCGUUGAGGCUGACCAAUCGGCUGAUUGCCCUGGGCGCUGACGCCGGUCUGCGGAGUCGCUGGACGAACAUGAACGCGCUGCACUAUGCAGCUUACUUCGACGUACCCGAGCUCAUCAGGAUCUUACUGAAAGGGUCAAAGCCAAGAGUGCUCAACUCCACAUGCAGUGAUUUCCACCACGGGACUUCCCUGCACAUCGCUGCCUCGAACCUGUGCCUGGGAGCUGUGAAGUGUCUGCUGGAACAUGGAGCCAACCCCACCGUCCGGAACAGCAAGGGUCAGGGCCCUUCGGACGUGGUUCCGGACCCCAUGGACAUGACCCUGGACAAGGCAGAGGCCGCCAUGGUGGCCAAGGAGCUGAAGCAGCUGCUGCUGGACGCUGUGCCUCUGAGCUGCAACCUGCCCAAGGCCACGCUGCCCAACUACGACAACAUCCCGGGGAACCUCAUGCUGACCUCGCUGGGGCUGAAACUGGGAGACCGGGUGAUGCUGGACGACCUCAAGCCUCCCCCAAAACCAUGCAGUGAUGUCACUUCUGUGGUGCCACAUGUAAAGCAGAACGGGACGCUUCGUUUUUGCGGGACCACAGAGUUUGCCAGCGGUCAGUGGGUGGGAGUGGAGCUGGACGAGCCAGAGGGCAAGAACGACGGGAGCGUGGGCGGGGUCCGGUACUUUAUCUGCCCCCCCAAACUUGGGAUCUUUGCCCCAGUGUCUAAAAUCAGCAAGGUCGUGACAGACCAGACCCCGUCUUCCGUGACCUCCACCCCCAAGACCCCCCGCAUGGUGUUCUCCCGUGUCACCGGCAAGACCAAGAAGGAGAAGAAAGAGAAAGACAAAGAGAAAGCUCUGCGGAAAAAAUCCCUGUCGGUGGGCAGCCUGGAUCGAGAAGGGUUAAAGAUCGAACUGGGGGAUAAAGUUCUGGUCGCCGGGCAGAAGCAAGGAAUCAUCCGGUUCUAUGGGAAGACAGACUUUGCUCCGGGUUACUGGUUUGGGGUGGAGUUGGAGGUGCCCACUGGGAAGCAUGACGGCUCGGUAUUUGGGGUCCGGUACUUUACCUGCCUGCCGAAGCACGGGGUCUUCGCGCCCCCCUCCCGAGUGCAAAGACUUAGCGGCCCCAAAGACUCUCAAAGUGACGGCACACUAGUUAAGAAAGUCCACCAAGUAACUAUGUCUCAGCCCAAGCGUAACUUUGCCGCAGUGAGAACGCCCAAGGAUAUCACUUCAGAGAGCUCGCUCUCCAGAUUACUCUUCUGCUGUUGGUUUCCUUGGAUGGUCCGAGCUGAGAUGCAGUCCUAACCGCUUAGAGCCUCUGAUCGACAGCUCUCUCCCGCUCUCCCUCGCUCUUCCUUUCAGUGCUCGUCUUUCAUUCCUGCUUUUCGGGAGAACCAAUCAAGACUGUUGCUGUGAUUUAUUGCCGUAGAAUCCCAGUGGUCGCAGUGCUAUAGCAAAUCCUAGUGCCUUGUACCUAGACCAAUGCCCUGCAUUCCAUCUUAGUCAGCACCUGUUUUUCUCCAGAGACACUGACCAGACAAAGGGGUGCUUGCAGUACCUUUGUGUACCUUUCUGUUUUGCUGUAACAAAAUACAUUUGAGAAAAUGUAUCCUAUUGAUUUGAUCCUAUCUAGGCCAAAUCUGCUUGAAAGCUAUUAAUAAUGAGACAAGUUGCUUAACCACACCAACUCCUGCUCCAUUUUUUUUUUUUUUUUUUCAAAGGAAACACGUCAUCUUACCAGCGUUUUAAAGAAAUACCCCCAGCGUGGUCAUGUUAGCAUUUUAAAACGGUUCCGUGUACAUUUUAAUUCGUUCUUGGUAGUUCUGUGACCUUAGCAAGAUUUGGUUCACUUUUAAUAAAACCAUUUUUAGGAUAUUUUCUGGUUUCAGUCUUUACACAUCGGUGUCUUUUUAAAGUUCCUUCUUACAAUGCUCUCUAGUAAUGACAUGAAACGCAUCAGUAUGAAAUACCAUGUUGCAGGGGGGGCAGGUUAAUGGUUACACUCUGGUAUACCAGCUUUAUUUAUAGGUUAGAUGCGAUUAUGUGAGCUCUAAUGAGGAGGCUUUAAAAAGGUCACCAGGAUGUGAUGACUGAAACCGAUACUAAUGCAGAAAGCAAGAUUGCAUACAAUAUAUAUAGAACUGAUAUUUCUCUGAACCUAUAAACACCGUGUCACAUAUUGUAGCUAAUAACUAUACAGUACAAUGGUGUGAGUAAUGUUUAGGAAUUGGAAUUUGGUGAAUAAGUUUGUGAAAUGGAAUUGGAAUUUUAAAAAACGGAAUUGGAAUUUUAAAAAACGGAACUGGAAUUUUAAAAAACGGAAUUGGAAAUGUAAUUGGAAUUUUAAAAAACGGAACUGGAAUUUUAAAAAACGGAAUUGGAAUUUUAAAAAACGGAAUUGGAAUUUUAAAAAACGGAACUGGAAAUGGAAUUGGAAUUUUUUUUUUAAAAAAGGAAUUAACCCCAACCCUGCAUGAAAAUAUAUGAGAAACAGUUCACGAACUAUACCUACAACAGUGUCACACAGUGUUAAAUGAUCCGGAUUUUUCGUUGCAGUACAGUUCUGCUGCUAAGAUCACAUUUAUUCACAUUUCGCAAUUUCAUCCCGGGGUUAGUUUCAUUUUGUAAUGUAGUUCAAUCAGUGUUGUAAAAUUUGUAUUUCAUCCUUCCAAGUGUGUGAUGCGGUCAUGACUUCACUUGUUAAACAGCAAUAUAUCUGAUCUUACCUGCAAUGUGAAUACUACUAACUGAUCCAAACUGGCCGCACACUUAUGGGAGCAAUCUCUACAAAUUAACAAAUUGAACAACAGCUUCACACCAUUUCUGUAAAUUGAUACUGUAGAUUGUAGCAACAAAAGGUUAUUAUGAUGACAAUGAAUAAUAAUAAUAAUAAUAAUAAUAAUAAUAAUAAUAAUAAUAAUAAUAAUAAUAAUAAUAAUAAUAAUAAUGAGCUAGUUAUAGCAAUACAUUGAUGGUCAAGAGGGUUUACAAUAUAAGGACCUUAUUUGCAUGGAGAUUUCAGAGAGGCUCUAUAUGUCCGCAGCAAAUUUUACAAAAAAAACUGCAGUGAAUGUCUGUUUUAUAGGGACAUAGUUAGACUGCAGUUUUAAGUUAUUUGUGACUGCAGAGUAACAUGUUAAACUUCAGUGCUGGUACAUUUAUUCUGCAGGCUGGCUACAAGAUGUGUGGCUAAUAUCUAUUCCCCUUUAAGGGACUUUAAAAGGGGGAGGAAGUUCCAUUUUAAGCCACCAGAGUGCGCUAUGCUCAAUGUGGAAAAACCUUUAGAAUUAAAGGUUAAUUCAAAAAAGGGUAAACCGAUUUUAGCCGUGAUAUUUAUUUAUUUAUUUAUUUAUUUAUUAUUUUUUUGGAACACCUGUUAAUAAACACUUUCAGUGUUGGCUCUCUGUCACUAUUUGAUCCACAUUGCCAGCAAACUGCGUUUCAAAUUGUUGGUGCCUGCUACGGCAUCUACAGUGAAAGCCCACAGAUGAUCAAUAAGAAGCGAUUUUAAAGCUUAGUUUGAGACUUUGAUACAUUUCCAAUGAAUUCCCAGUACCUUACAGGUGCUGAUUAAUAAUCCCCAGGCUUUAUUUUAUUUUUUGGGUGAAGAUGCAGUAUGCUGUUUUCUGCACUUGAAUGAAACCCAGUGUUGUUAAUUGCUUUCUUUACUUUCACUUUACUAAGUGAUGUUUGCCGCCAUUGAAUGGUUCUGUUGCUUCAGUACCGAGUUGUGAUUAUUGUUAAUAUAAUUCUCUAAAUCUGACCUGGCUUUGAGCUUGUCUGGAGUUGAAAGGUUACACUGUCACAUGGUUUGAAUGGAAUGAAGUCUCAAUGAUGGCAAACACCAUCUCAAUAGUAAGGGGAAAUGUAAAAAUGCUAUUAAAAUGACAACUGGGGCGACUUUUAAAGGAGUUUGAAGCGUUAGGACCUGAUGCCUUUAAACUGUAUCAGGUUUCUUUGGUCUUACUUUACCAGUUUUAAUAGGAAGAUAUGCUAAAAAGAAGGCAAGCGAAAUUGGUAAACAUGGGCUUCGUUUUGAAAAAUGACAGCUUCUUUUUUUCAAGCACGUCACAUUUUUAUUAAUAUGUAUGUUUCAAUGAUCUAAGUCGUGGCAGAUCUUCAUACCCUACAGUUUACAGCGAUGGAAACAAGACUCCCAUUACAGAGCAGUUUGAUCCAUUCCUGAUUUUGCUGUGAGUUUUUAAUAAGACACACCUGAGUUUGUUACCUACCCUGAGGCUGAUGAAGCUCAUAACUGCUAUGCAACGGGAGUCUUAUUUCCAUCCCUGAUUUAUAAACCUGAUAUUUUUUGGUGCACCUUAUUCCACUGUUUUUUUUUUUUUUUUUUCAUGGUAAAUUAAUACAGAAUUAAUACAGAAUAAAUUAAUACAGCUGAAUUAAUACAGAAUUAACAUAUUUUGAUUUGUCACUCCUUAGACCGUUAAAUUAGACCCUGUAGCAUUGUUAAUGUGUUGCUAACCUAUUAAUUUAUUCAUUCAUUUAUUUUUUUUAUAUUAGUAUAUUUAUUUUUAUAAUAUUUGCCUUCAGGAAAUGGAUAUAUUACAUCGUUUGUUCAUGGGAAAUGUUUGACUGCAAUGGAAUAUAAUAGUCAAGUGUUUUGUUUUUCUCCCUUGUGAAAUCACCAGUAGCUGGAUCUGACUGUGUAAAAUGACUUUCUGCGGGCCCCAUUAAAAUACCUGCCAUGGCUUGACAUGCCUCUCAACUGUCCCUGAAAAUCAGUGACAGUGCCUGGUAUUUAUUUUUGUGCAUCCUCUGCCUCAUAUUCCCCUUACAACACAAGGCUAGCAUAAGCUGUGCUUGAUUCGUGUGUACCCAUUCUGUGACUUAUCAAGCUAAUGUAAAGUGUCAUUAAGCCAAUUGUAUUAGCCAUUAAAUUGUCCUUGAUUUCUUUGUAUUUCUUUUUUUUAUUUUUGUGUGUCACCCGCAGGUAUUAAACCAGGUAUUGUUUUUUACUAGAACACCCUGUCCUGAAACACUGAAUCGGAAUCAGGCAUGUAUUUAUCAAAUGCCAAAAUGUAACCUUGCCAAAAAAAAAAAAAUCCUGUUUUAAGGAACCACUGUCUGCUAUUUUCUGUCUCGCCAGAUUGACUGAUUUUUUUUUUUUUUUUUUUAACUCUCGCAUAAGCAUUAUUUAAUUCUGUGCCAGUUUCAGAAUGUCAUAUUACAUUCUUAAGCCGAGGGAACACGGAGCCCCUUUGUGGUUUGGAACUAGGUUCCAGGAGACGGCACACCAGUGGGGACUUGAGGUUUGAUACAGCAAAGUUGCCUGAGACUAGGUCUCCUGGAAUAGGUUUCAAGCCACUGUUCCUGACAAAGUGUCUUUGUGUUUCCUCACCUUUACAGUCCUUUCAGUGUUCUGGAAUGGCCUCCUUUGUAUUCACAAACGACCUCUUUACUCGAGAUGGAAAGACCUGUUUUGUUGAAUUGGGUAUUGGUGUCUUAAAAGAAAAGAAAAAAAUACUGACUUGUAACUACUGCAUGCUCUUAGUUCUACUUUUCCCUUUUUGUUUUCAAAUCUAUAUUAGCAUGAAGAUAUAACUGUUUCAUUAUUUAAUAAUGUUGUUUAUUAUUAUUAUUAAUAAAGUACGUUGUGUGUUUUAUAAAUAA